UUUUACAAUACACAGCUCAACAGGAAGUAACACUUGCUAAAUAAAAACCUGAAUUUAUAAUUAUGUUGACUUACUAAGAAUGACCAAAAAAAGAAAGAUAAAUGGGUUUUUAAUAAAUAUGUUAAUUAUCAUUAUUUAUGACUACUCUUCCCUGCAAGCGAACUUGUAAAUGCUGAUAAUUUUCAAAGAAAAAUGUAAAAAUGGCUAACACAACAGGAACAAGAAUAUUUAGUUAAGUUAAUACAAAACAUGCUACAUUUACACAAAACAUUUUCAUUCUUAAAAAUGAUUUUUCUUCAUCAGCUAAAGUAAUAUUUAAAAGUGAAUUAUAAUUAAAAGAACAACCCUGCAUACAAAAAAUAAAACAAUUUGCUUACCUCUUAUAGUGCAUUGGACUCAGUUAUGAAGCGUUUCCCGCUGGAUUUUUAGGUUGCAUAUGAAAACUAGCCAUCGUCGCGCCAAAGGGAAUAAAACGAAAAUUAGCCAUACAGAGAUGAGCUUAGUGCAAACAUCCAAUCACAGUGAAUCUUAAUACGGAAGUCCCUCCCAUCGGUGUGCGUCGGAGCUGAGGUGGAUCCACCAGUCAAACCGACACGGACUGACGCUAGCUACGGCAGCGCCAUGGAUGGACAUGAAGAGAAAGAUUCCUGUUCCACUGCGACACCUGCGGUCAUCACGCGUUCAAAGAAAAACAAAAAGCAGCGACUGGAUAACGUUAACACUAAACCAACGCUGUCAACAGAGAAACGUGAUGAUACUUCUUCUGGCCUUGCCCCUACUGCAACUGUGCUUCUUAAUAAGGAGAGACAGGAAGUUGCUUUUCUUAAGGAGAAGCUGGAGUGGCAAAAGAUGAGAAUUGAAGAACUGGAAGGAGAGAGGGAUUUCCUCCGAAGUCAGCUAUCAUCUCUGUCAACGCAACCUAAAGACGAACCAUUAAAUGAUACGUUUAUCAACAAUCCUUCUGAAAACUUGGAUUCAUCUUCCACAUCUUCAUCUGCAUCAUCUGAGUGGUCAUCCUCAUCCUCAUCUUCACCCCCAAAGAAGCAAAAGCGCAAAUUCAAAAACAAGCAUUCAAAAGCCAAGAAAUACAAGAAGGAGGAAAAGAAGUUCCGGCAGCGUGUCCGAACACCAAGUGAGAUUGUGCAGAGAUACAAGUCCCUCCUCAAGACAUUUCCAAAGAUGAAGACCUUGUCCAAAGCUUUUCAGAAGCAUGGGAUUGACAGAAACACAGUUGUGUCCACGGCAUCAGUUGCUGAGCUCGCUAUCGCAGCUCCUCUUGUUUACCAGGAGCUGAUCUCCAACAAGCCCAGUGGAGAGACGGUACUCCAUUUUGCUAAGCGAUGUGAGGAAGAGAUUCAAAGCAAUGAUGAAGUGAAAAACAAAAUAGAAAGCAUGAAGGCUGAUGGUACUUUGCUUCCAAUUCGAAGAGGCAAGUCUGUCUGAAAGCCUACUCAGUUAUCUGACUUGUUCUGUUUCAGCAUAUUUAGCUAUAGAACAGAUGUGUGUGAAACUGGUAAUUUUUUAACGAUCUGUUCAGUUAUGUGUUCAGUUUCCACACAACAAAGAUUUUUCUUGUCAUUUUUGUUUAGAAGGUUUUGUGUGUCCUAAGAGUAACCAAAACAACUGCACUUGUUAAGAUAGAGUAUUGUCUAAUGUUAUAAGGCAGCUUGUUAUACUUUUCAUAGUAAGGCCCCUAGUCUUCAAAAAGUUUACUGGUUAUAAAUAAAUGUUAACUAGUUUCAUACUAAAAAAGUUUCAUUUUACAUUUAAAAAUGUUUAAGAGUCAUUAAUAAACACUGAUAUGUUUUAUACUUUACAAUAAGGCUCCCUUUUGUAAUUAUAAAUGUUUAUUAACUAUUAAUAAAUAAAGACAUAUUUUACACUUUACAAUAAGG